AUGGCAACAAUUAACAAAACUGAUAUGCAGAUCCGAGUGGAAGAGAUAGUAACACGACCUACCGACCAUAUUCUACAUGCGGGACCAGAAAAUCGUAACCUUUUGAAAAUAUUCGUUUGUUCCUUUAAUAAUAAUUGGAUUAAGAGUCCCCCCGACGCAGUGAAAAUCUGCGCCGACUUUGGAAAUGCAUUACACGAUGCGACUAUUGUACUAGAUGAUAUUCAGGAUGGAACGAUACUUCGUAGAGGACUUCCUUCAGCACAUAUGGUUUAUGGAGUUCCGCUAACUAUUCGUGCUGCAUUACACAAGACUUUUCUAAUAAUGCAAAAUUUACUACGUUAUGUAGAAAAUAGGAAGUACGCCACUGUUCGUGUCUUCUGUGACGAUCUUGACGAGGGAAAAUUCACCUUUCCUAUGAUUCAUGGUAUUCUAAGUCACCCGAAUGAUCAUCGGCUUUUGGAUAUGUUAAAACCAAGACCAUUGGAUAUGGAAAGUAAGAAACUUUUUGUCGACAUACUGGAAAGUUUUGGAAGUUUCGAGUACACGCGACGGGAAUUGGAAAAGUUGAAAAUUGGAAUUUUGACUGAUGCAGACCAUAUGAAUAUGGGCAAAAAUCCAUAUUUGGAACGAAUUCUGGAAGAUGUGUUGGGUAACUUGGAAACGGAAAUCUAUUACGAUAGUUGUGACUAA